AUGCGCGUAUUCAAGGAGGCCCAUCAUGCGAGAGUCCGCCAGGUACUGGGAGGGGAGGGAGGUGGGAAUGAUGAUGCUACACGGAUUGGCGUGCCAGUACGCCUCUUCUACUACACGGAUGUGGAUGGGAAGGUGCACAUGAUGGACACCUACAUCGAACCACUUGGAAAGGUUGAGAUGCGGCUGCUUGAGCGCCGCAAGAAGGAGUUCAAGCUCAUCACUCCGAGCGUUCUCCUACGAAUCCCAGGGGGCUCAUCGUUCUUCAGUUCCGGCGCAAACUACGCGGCGUUCGAGCACAGGAGCAUGAUGCAGAUAAUGCCGUUACUGGUGGCAGACGAGAGUGCAUUGAAGAGUGGGGUGCGGGAGAGCUGCGUGCUUUGCAGGUUGGUCGCGCUGCUACCAAAGGCAUUCCCAACGCAGGUAUCCCACUGGAAACUCCCAAAGAUACACAUGAUUAGACAUUUGCUAGACAACAUCGUGCAACGUGGGAUGCCGCACCACUAUUCCACUGAAAUGUGGGAGCGCACGCACAAGGACACGGUGAAGGGUCCAGUACGAGGGAGCAAUUGGAGCGACAUACCACGACGGAUUGUGGAGGAGGUGCAGCGGGAGGUGUGUCGUGAGGUGGCGGUAGACGCAGGGGGUGGGCGGCAAUACGCGGCGUGCGGUUCGUUGUGGGAAUGCGUGUUUUACGUGCAGGCAAUCAAGACGAAGAAACCGGUCCUGACGAAGAAGUGUCGGACAAUGCGGAUCGGCGGACUAUCAGAUCCGGUGUACGAUGAGUACGUCGCCGCGCUGGGAGACGAGAUGAAGGGGAUGGCCGCUGAGUUCACGGCGUUGGGGCUGGCUACCAACAACGUGCCAGGUGAAAUGCAUACAACGUAG